GUCUUCCCACCCCGGACGACUUGUAGCACUCUAGAAUUUUCUGCCGCAGGAAAUUUUCAAACAAUUUCUCGCCGAGCACGGGAUGGCCGGGAAAGAUUGGUUUGUUUUCUCCUACCAAGCCUUCCCGGGCCCGCGUUGCGGCCGCAGCAGGGCGACCAUGAUAUGAAUGCGGUGGACGGGACGGGACGGGACUGCAACAUUUCAGGAACAAGACUGACUCUCGAUAUGAAUAGCACACAUGUCAAGACGGGCACAACACCAAAGGCCAUCUUGUAGUUUAUGAUACGAUCAAAUUCUAUCUGGCCUUAAAUUAAUUAUAUUGGGAUUUGGCUUUCAUCGGAGUGAAUCUGACUCGAAGGCACCAAAUGCACCGGCCGCGAUCUGGACGUCAGAGAACCACCGGCCGUCCCGCAGCUAUCAGAACACAUCAACGCCCAGACGCCCAGCGAUAUGAGACGUUGAGAAGCAUGACCAGUAGUGCAGGGUUCUGGUAAAAGGAAGGCGCCAGUCUUGUCAAGAUGAGGAAGGCGGUAGGAAAGGGGUAGGACUAGACCAAGCGCGCCUAGAUCCGGCAUACCACCUCAAGUGCUCCCAUCCAUUGCCGCACAGGAGGGAGGGAGGAGCCUCACCUCAGCAGCACUGCCUGUCCAUGCGCAUGUGCGCACCAGGAACAGCCGUUCCGGUACACGGAGCCUGUAUAUCUGUGUUUGCAUUAUCAGACUAACUCACCGUCUAUUGUCCAUCUGAAUCAAGCUGCCAUUGGCCAAUGAGUCACCUGCCCCCUGGAUCGGGAUGAACGUGUGUAGCAUAUUCUUAUAAGAUCAAUUGAUGCCUCGCUUGACGUUUGCCAGGCUGUUUACUUGCUUCUCCAUACUCACUACCACGUUCCAUUGUGACCCGUAAUUACACCGUGACUUGACAAGCUCUUGUGUUGGUCCCCAUUGUCGACUCCUUGCUUUAUCCAUCACCUCCAUCUUCUCACUUUAGUGGGUAGUGACACACCCACCCACCAUGGCUCCCGGCUUGAUCACCCCUACUACACCUUCAUCGGAGGUAGACCUCACCACCACGGCCAUCGAGCACAAGCUGGAGAAGAUCAACGCACCCUCCGAGCUGGCCGAGCUGGACGCCUCCAAGCUCACCUACACUCUCACCAAGAACCCACGUCCAGUGCCUGAAGAGGCAACGGCCUGCUCCGGAACGGAAACAAUAUGCUCCGAUCACAUGAUUACUGCGUCCUGGUCCGCCUUCACUGGCUGGGCUGCCCCUGAACUCAAGCCCUACGGGCCCCUCAGCCUGAUGCCCACAGCCUCGUGCCUCCACUACGCAACCGAGUGCUUCGAGGGCCUCAAGGCUUACCGCGGCUUCGACGGCAAGCUGAGGCUGUUCCGCCCCGACUGCAACGCCGAGCGGUUCCUCAUGUCUAGCACCCGCGUCAGCCUCCCAGGCUUCCCCCCAGCAGAGCUCGAGCGCCUCAUCAUCGCCCUCAUGGCCGUCGACGGGCCCAAGUGGCUCCCGCGCGACCGCCCGGGCAGCUACCUCUACAUCCGGCCCGCCAUGAUCGGCACGCAGGCGCAACUGGGCGUGCAGGCGCCCAAGGAGGCCCUUCUUUUCAUCACCAUGUCCUUCAUGCCGCGCAUGGACAUGCCCCACGGCGGCAUGAAGCUGCACACCAACCCGGACGACAUGAUCCGCGCGUGGGUGGGCGGGUUCGGCUACGCCAAGCUGGGCGCCAACUACGGGCCCAGCCUGCUCGCGACCCAGGAGGCACGCAACCGGGGGUUCGGCCAGAUCCUCUGGUUGUACGGCCGCGAGGGCUACUGCACCGAGGCCGGCGCGUCCAACUUCUUCGUCGUGUGGCGGUCCAAGGAGACGGGCAGGACGCAGCUGGUCACGGCGCCCCUUGACGACAAGCUCAUCCUCGACGGUGUCACGAGGAGGAGUAUCUUACAGCUUGCGCGCGAGAGGCUGGGCGACGAGGUGGAGGUCGUGGAGAGAAAGUACACCAUCGACGAGGUCCUCGAGGCAGCCAGCGAAGGACGGAUGAUUGAGUCAUUCGCGGCGGGCACAGCUUUCUUCGUCUGCCCUGUAUCCCUCGUCCACCACAGAGGGAAAGACAUCAGCUUUGGCAUGGGCGGUGGGGAGGGGGGAAGGUAUACCCAGACCAUCAAGAAGUGGAUGAAGGAUAUCAUGUAUGGCGGCGAAGACCACGCAUGGGGUGUUGUGGUACGAGAGGAGGUAUAAACAUUUGAACUAAUACUUUGGUCUUUUUGGGUCUCAAUUUCGGUCGGCAAAAGCAUCACAGGAGGCGUUGUGGUCCUGAGGACUCAGGAGUGCGUAUAUUUGACAAAGAAAUUUCAGUCAGGGACGAUAGUCCAUCAGUUUUGAGCUAAACAAGCAAUACCGGAUAGAUGGACUUUUGUUCC